GUGAUGAUGUUGGCGUGGGUAGUACUGUGCUCUUGUCUCCUGGCAGUAGCUACUUCGGCUAAACAACCAGACACCUUCCAGGUCUUCGUCGACCUCGUCAAUGGGCUCUUCCUCGACAGUCCUCUGUCCUUCGAGUAUGAGUUCGGGAGUGGUGUGCCCUUACUGCAAGGCAAAGCUAAAGUAACAAUUGGAACACCAUGGCAACUUCUUCCAAACAGUUCUGUCUCUUAUCCGAACCAAUAUACACAGCUGUGUUCGCUGGAUCUCCUAGUAAUCGGAAACAUAACAAUAUCUCAAGAAGACAGGCCGAACUUAGACCUGGUGCUGAGCGGGUGCCACAUCGAACUAGACGUGGCCAUCUGGAACAGAUCCGACUGGCGGAUUAAACCAAUCUUCAUCUGGCUCGAAGAAUGCGGAUCAAUAGAGUUCUCGAACGGGAUCGAACCCCCCGCGGCGGAACAGGUACUGCCCACACUAUCGCAAGGGCUCCUCAACACGGCCAUCGAGCUCUUCUCCAAGGAGUACGACGAAGAGGAGGACAUCAAGAGCGACCCCAGCCAGAACUUCAAAGUCCUCCAGGAUAUGUUCCCCGUCCUGAUGUACCUCAAGGGGAGGCCGAUAAAAGUCCAGGUUGAAGAUGAAGACUAAUUUUGUGUAGAUUUUAUUGUUAUUUAUUAUUGUAAUGAGUAAAUAUGAAAUAUCAGGAAUUGGAUAACGACCGCAAUAAAGGGACACGAUUGGAAGAAGUUUGUGGAGCCGAAAACUCGCUAUCAACUCGUGUUGUCGCCCUGCCGAUAUUGUUGACUAUUAUAUUUUGUAUUAUUUUUUUUCUGAAGAGGUUCAGUAUUAAAUACAAAUAAAUCUAAUUUAAUUAUCUUACCCCGAUUAUUGUGUUGUUAUAAUAAACGAUACUAUUU